UUUAAUGAUUUUUGGAAUACUUGGAGGGGGAGAACUCUGGGCGGAAGACUGAGUGGGUGCACGGUUCGCUGCCGGUUGCUAUUAGAGAGGGGACCAGUUGUCAUGGCGGCGGUGGUGGCUGAAGCAGAGGGCAAGGCGGAAUGGAACCUGUUCUUUUCCGACUGCGUACCGCCGCCAAACGCGGACGCCUCGGCCCAGGCUAUGGCCGGGUUCGCGCUGCAACACGCCAGCCAAGGCCGCAGGGUGGUGCUGGUGACGUCGGGCGGCACCAAAGUGCCGCUUGAGUCGCGGACCGUCCGCUUCCUGGACAAUUUCAGCAGCGGCUGGCGCGGCGCCGUGUCCGCCGAGUACUUCCUAAACCUGGGCUACUCCGUGAUCUUCUUGCACCGCCACCGCUCGCUCUACCCGUUUUCCCGGCGCUACUCUGGCCUCAAUAUCUUGGACACGUUGAAGGCCGUACAGGACGCCACGUCCACCUGCUGGCGGGUGGAAGCUGACCAGUCAGUGCUGCCGGACAUCGUGCCGGUGUUGCAGCGUUACGCUGCCGUACGAGAAGCUGGCUUGCUCCUACCCGUGGAGUUCAACACCUUGUCUGAUUACUUGUACCUGCUCAGGGCGGCGGCUCAGGCGCUUAACCCCAUCGGACCAAAAGCAAUGUUCUACCUCGCAGCAGCCGUGUCGGAUUUCUUCAUUCCUGCAUCAGAGAUGCCAGAGCAUAAAAUUCAGUCGGGUGCUAGCCCUCUGCAGUUAACUAUGCAAAUGGUACCCAAGAUGCUUGCUCCUCUUGUGAAGGACUGGGCUCCUCAUGCAUUUGUCACAUCCUUCAAGUUGGAGACUGACUCGUCACAGCUGGUUGCUCGAGCACGUAAAGCUUUAGCAACUUACAGACAUCAGGUUGUUGUUGCCAAUAUUCUUGAAUCACGGAGGGUGUACGUACUCAUAGUCACCGAGGAUUCCCAAAUUGAUCUAGCACUUUCGGAGAAGGAAGUGAAGCAACACCGAGAAAUUGAAGAGAAGAUUGUGGAACAUUUAAGUGAAUGUCAAACUAAUUUUAUAGAAAAGAACACAAAUCCUGAAUAAGUAUUGUGUUGGA